AAACGCGAGACGGACGCGCGCAGGCCCGACGGUGAUUCGUCACGGCGGCCACUUGCAGCGGACCACAGACGACGUCCGUACCGGCCGUUGCAGCGACGCAUCAGUAGUUUGUCUUUCGUGUUUGGAGUACUUGAGCGUACAAAACGCAUUACGAAACGGCGUGCGCGCGUAUACGAGUACUCCCGUGACCACGGUAUAGCAGCUUAUCAACUCGCGGUGUCUCUCUGCGACGACGAAACUGAGCGGUUACCACAGUUCCCCAUUGCGCGGUUACCGCGGUUGCUCGCCGCGGCAGUCACGCCGAGCCGACGAGACGCAGUCGCAGUCAUAUUUACCGUUUUUGUCGUUAAAUCGAUUAUUAUAUCAGUUAUUGUCGAGGAGAACCGGAUUCGCGAACCCACGCUCGCUGCAGAAAAUUCAGACACACGACGACGAGAAGAAUUUCUGACUACGACUGGAGCUGCUGACAACAAAUAUGGCAGCCGAGGAAAACGGAAUGAUGUACAACAAGGCUCGGUCGGCGUCCAUAUGCGCUUUCGGGUUUCCACCCGGCAGCACCGAAUACCUGAUGGCCUGUGCCAAGUCAGCCGCAUCCACACCUCCACCACACAGGCACAUCGGUGGUGCGGCCGCCAUAGCGGCCGCUGAGGAUAACAAGCGCCGUCGGCCAGCCGUUCGGUCGCAGAGCGCUCGGACCAGUGGUGGCCGGUCCAUCCGGAAAAAAGCGCUGGUGGCCGCAGCUGUGGGUGCUCAACACGGCCAGUAUUUCAGUGACAGCAGGACGAGUGUCCGUAGCGGUUACAGCGAUCCAAGGCUCCACGAGUCUUCGCCCCAAGACGCAACGGCGUUCAAACGGAAACCAUCUUCCAGGAAAGUCAACUCGAACCACAGGAAAUCCGGAGCAUUCUUAGACGUGCCGCCGGGUGAAAACAAAAAGCUCACGGAACCCGAAGAUCCUGAAAACUCAUACAGACUUAGAUCGUUUAGUUUUACGUCAAAAGGUAUCAUCAACAGAGGCGAUUCGUUCAGGAAACGCCGGUCGAGGAGCAACAGCCUAGCCCGAGAAGACGACCCUAAAGAAUUCACACCACCGAUCCCGUACGACAAUAAUAGUCAGCAGCAGCAGGUACAACAACAGCAAGUUCAAAAUCAACAACAGCAGCAACACCAUCAAAACGAAAGCGGCGACGACAUCUCAUCGUACACAGUGUCACUGAUGGGAUCAAGAGGAGUGGGCAAGACCACUCUAAUAAGUCAGUUCAUGACUUCAGAAUACAUUAACGCCUAUGAGAGGCAAAAAGACAACAACGAGUCGUCAAUGCAGUCGGUAUGCAUAAUGUUAAACGGCGAGGAAUCUGAAUUGAGGUUUAUCAAUGACGGAGAAAUUUCGGCGAAGGAAAGUCGACUGACUGGGAGCAAACCCGCAGACGCGUACCUGGUGAUCUUCUCAGUAGUGGACAAAAACAGUUUUGAAACGGCUGAGACGAUACUAAAGAACCUCCGGGAACACGAAUUAUUACGAUUGAAACCAGCCAUAUUGGUGGGCAACAAAGUUGACAUGGCCAGAAGCAGAGAAGUGACGGCCCAGGAAGGUAGAUACUUGGCGUGCACAUGUAGGGCCAAGUACAUCGAGGUAUCCGUGGGCAUCAAUCACAACGUCGACGAGCUGCUGGUGGGCAUCCUCACGCAGAUCAGGCUCAAGCGAGCCGACGGGGGUGAGGGGCACGACCAUUGGUACAAAAACCGAAACAUCCUAAAAGCCAGUCUCAAAGCUAGACAGAUGUUCACGUGGGUGUUUGGAAAAGAGGACACGAAAAUGAAAAACUGUGAAAAUCUCCAAGUUCUCUAAUAAAUGUACCGCGUGCGGACGAUGGAUGAAGCUAUAGCAGCCAACGAGAGAGUAUAAAAUGUCUAAUAAAAAAUAAUCGAUGAUAGUAGAGAAAUUAAACGGAUAUGGCAGAUAUGGGUUUUUAGACUUUAAAAAAAAAAACAUAAAUAAUUCUAUUCUAAAUAACUUAUCAAUGUUUUUAUACUUAAAUUAAUAUUGAUUACUGUUUUUAAAACAACUUUUUUAUAAAGCUAAAAAAAAUGAUGGACAACUGAUAUCGAUUUCCGACAUACGAGUACCAACUAACAUAGACAAAAAUAAGACGAUAUUUUUUAGAAGUACUAAAAAUCACUCGUUUUUUUUGUUUUUUGUUGUUGAUUAAUAAAUUGUUUGUUGUAGUCGUAUUUUUUACUUUUUUGAAUAUUUAUAUUAUAUACUUUUGUAUUUUAAAUUUUUAUACAUUAUUUUGCCAUAACUAUAUGUGUAUUUUAUAGAUAUUAAUUAUUAUGUUAUAAUAUAUUAUAUGUACCACAAUAAUAUAUAUUUUGAACUAACAAAA